AUGGCAAGAACUUCCACUGAAGAUAUAUCAACGGAUAUCACUAGUUCCUCUUCAAUAGUGAUCUCGUCUCCAGUAAGAUCAUCGCAUAAUUCAUCGCCCCUAAAACUGAAUGAAGCUGAUAAGGAAAUAUUAAAAUGGGCUGGUAAAUUAGAAUUAGAAAGCUGUGAUCUGAGAGAAAAAUCAUCUGAACUCAUUGGUUUAUUAAAGAAAAAUUCAACUCAAUUGACCUCAGUUAUUAGCACGUUAAAUGAAAUCGUCAUAUCUACAAAGAAAAAUGCUGUAAUGAAACUAAUCAAAAAACUGGAGAAACAAUUAACUAUUGUACAAAAUCAAAAAGUACAAUCACAGAAUGUUGUCAAUAAAACGGUAACUUUACGGAGUAAACGGCAAAGAACAGAUACUAAAUCGAAUCUCGAACAAGAUGAACUGGAGAAAUUGACUGCUAAAUUUCGAAGAAAUAUUGAUGAUAAACAUCGUCAAAUUAUUAAAUCCAACGAAUGUACACAAUCUAUGUUAUUCAAUGUAAACAAACAAUUACAGGACAUGGGCGAUGUGUUAUUGUCUAUGUCAAAUGAUUUACAAACGUUAAGCCAAAGACAAUCUACUCUAGAAAAUGGAAUGAAUUCGAUAAAUAGUAAUAUUUCUAGACUGAUGACUCGGGCUCCAUUAACACAUAAAGAUUUACCAUCGAAUGGCACAACGUUAGAUGAAGAUGAAUUAAAAAGGAUACAGAACGAAAAUAUCAAAGCUUCCUCAUUCGGUCCUAUUACAAGAUCAAGAAAACAGAUGAACAGCAUGAAAAACGACGUAAAAUUCUCUCUCUCACCGUUUGAGAAUCCAUCCGGUAAUAACAACGAGCAUAGACUGCCUACUAAUCGAGAUAUAUCGCUUACCAGAACAAUAAUACCAUGGAAUGAACUUAUCGAGGAUAAAAAAGACGUCUUAGCUUAUUCUUCUGAACUAUGA